GAUCCGAUCGAGUCUCCGUCGUUCCAAAAAACUCUCCGGCACCCUCGUAUUUCGCAACCGUUUCGCGAGCCAGAUGGGAACUCUCCGUCGGAAUCGCGUCCGUGGCGUCCUGGGGGAAAACCCAGGCCCGAAAUAGAAAAUUCCCCCAUAUAUAAGGACCCCGGCUGGGGCGGAGGUCCAGCACAGUCGUCCCGGAUCUCCUCAGGGUCGUAGCAGGCUUUCGUUUCGACAUGGUCAAGUUCCUCGUUCUCGCCCUGGCUUUUGCCUGGGUCAAUGCCGCUCCCAAUGACUUCCUCAGAAACAAGUUCAACUGGAGGUCAGACAAGCCGAUGCCCGACGGGAGGAUCGUGGGAGGCGAAGACGCGGAGAUCGAGCAGAUCCCGUGGCAGAUUUCCUUCCAGACGCUCAGCGGGUUCCACUUCUGCGGGGGAUCCAUCAUGGACUCGACGCACGUCAUCACGGCUGCCCAUUGCUGCGAGGGCGAGGGACCCGGCACCACGAAUAUCAGGGCCGGCAGCAACCUCAACGACCAAGGAGGAGUCCUCGUCCUCGUCGCCGACGUUCUCCAGCACCCGAGAUACAACGGGAACGACCUGUCCUACGACAUCUGCCUCUUGACCUUGGACGAACCCCUGCCAUUGGACGGCGUGACAAUGAAGGCAGUCGCCCUGCCCGAUCAAGACCAAGAUUACCCAGGUAGGGUCGACGUGAGCGUGAGCGGGUGGGGAACCCUGUCCCCUGGGGGAAGCUCUCCGGACAUCCUCCAGAUCGUGGAUGUCUACACGUACACUGACGAUGAAUGCAACGAUGCAUAUGAUGGUGACAUCACACCGGACAUGAUCUGCGCCGGUGUCGACGAGGGCGGCAAGGAUUCUUGCCAGUUCACCGAACUCUUACGCGACGGGAAUCGGGUCGUCGGCAAAAGAUGGAUGCGUCAGCGAAGAGGCUUGAACCCAAUAUUGGCGUUCCCGAUCGACACGGCCGAGACACCAUUCUUGAUUACUCUUACGGUGAGAUGCAAUGAGCUGAAGACGAACCGCUGGAUUUCGGGCGAGCAUGCCGAAUGGGUAGAAACCAGUGGUCUCCGGGCAUGCAUGGGAAUCUCGUGCAGUCGGUUCCUCGCGGUUCGUGAUCUUCCUGGCGCCCCUGUGGCUUCCAUGACGUUCCAAACCGAGAUAUUCCUGUGGGAGUCAGACAAGCCUAUGCUGGAUGGGAGAAUCGUGGGAGGACAGGAUGCGAGCAUCGAAGACAUCCCCUGGCAAAUUUCCUUUCAGUUUGAGGUUGGAGUCCACUUCUGCGGAGGAUCCAUCAUGGACGAGUUGCACAUCAUCACGGCUGCUCACUGCUGCGCAAACAAGCAACCUCAUGAAGUCCAGAUAAGAGCCGGAAGCAACCGAAAAGACGAAGGAGGAGUCAUUCGUUACGUUGAGGUCAUCAAGCAACACGAGGAGUUCAACUUGUACGGGAAACUCUUACCGAAUUGGUUUCGUUUUAGCUUCUAUGUAUACAAUGACAUCUGCCUCCUGACGUUGACGGAGCCCCUGCCAUUGGACAACGUGACAAUGAUGCCAGUCACCCUCCCCAUUCAAGGCCAAGAGUAUCCCAGUGGGACGGAAGUGAGUGCCAGCGGAUGGGGAAAGCUGACCCAAGGGGGAGACUCUCCGUACAUCCUCCAAGUCGUGGAUCUCCACACAUACUCAGACGAUGAGUGCAGCCAAUUACAGGAUGGUAUCACUGAUGACAUGAUUUGCGCGGGUGUCGACGAGGGCGGCAAGGAGACACUCCACUGGGAGUCAGACAAGCCUAUGCUGGAUGGGAGAAUCGUGGGAGGACAGGAUGCGAGCAUCGAAGACAUCCCCUGGCAAAUUUCCUUUCAGUUUGAGGUUGGAGUCCAUUUCUGCGGAGGAUCCAUCAUGGACGAGUUGCACAUCAUCACGGCUGCUCACUGCUGCGCAGACAAACAACCUCAUGAAGUCCAGAUUAGAGCCGGAAGCAACCGAAAAGACGAAGGAGGAGUCAUUCGUUACGUUGAGGUCAUCAAGCAACACGAGGAGUUCAACUACUUCUAUCUAUAUAAUGACAUCUGCAUCCUGACAUUGACGGAGCCCCUGCCAUUGGACAACGUGACGAUGAUGCCAGUCACCCUCCCCCUGCAGGGCCAAGAGUAUCCCAGUGGAACGGAGGUGAGUGCCAGCGGAUGGGGAAAGCUGACCCAAGGGGGAGACUCUCCGUACAUCCUCCAAGUCGUGGAUCUCCACACAUACUCAGACGAUGAGUGCAGCCAAUUCCAGGAUGGUAUCACUGAUGACAUGAUUUGCGCGGGUAUCGACGAGGGCGGCAAGGAGAUAAUUCAAUGGGUGUCAGAUAAACCCAUACCCGAUGGAAGAAGUGCUGGAGUCGAUAAUGCGAAUAUCGAGGACAUCUUGUGGCAAGUGUCCAUCCAGACUCGAGGUGGAUUCCAUUUCUGCACUGGCUCCAUCAAAGACUCAACACAUAUCAUCACUGCUGCCCACUGCUGCUCUGGCCAGUCUGCCAGUAACAUCAGGACCUUCCGCAUCAAGUGUGGUUCUGCCCAAGACCGUUGCUAUCUUAGCCUGACACGCUACGCCUGCAAGGCUUUGCCUUUCAAGGCCGUAGGCAAGGCCGACGGACAAGGGAUGCGCACCAGUACGCUUGUGGAUGCGUACGGUUCCACGCUGGAUAAUGAUAUCUGCGAGCUGACCUUGGCUACGGCUCUGCCCUUGGAUGGAGUGACCAUAAAGGCUGUCACACUCCCAUCACAAGGCCAGGAUUAUCCAAGUGGAACGGAAGCAAGCGUCAGCUGUUGGGGAACCUCUUCGGAAAACAUCGAUGUCGUGGAUGUCCACACCUACACUAACGCUGAGUGCAAUCAACUCUUUGGUGGUGGUAUCACUGAUGACAUGAUCUGCGCGGGUGUCGACGAGGGUGGCGAGGAUGUGUGCCAGGGACGUUCCGGAAGUCCCCUGUGCUUGAGGGGAGGUAAUCGGCACCUUAUUGGGAUUCUUUCCUGGGGCUAUGGCAGCUCCGUGCCCUUUCCCGCAGUCUAUACCCAGAUUUCUGCAUUCGUGAACUGGCUGGAGUAG